CAUUAGACACCAAUUAUUAUUAUUCAAAGCAGACUAUUGUUAUAUAUCUGGUGGGGAAAACAAUAUAUCGCCAAGUGGUGAUCAGUGUAAGUUAAUCAGCUGUGUUGGGGUGACAAGGCCAGUCACCUGGCUUCCGUUUAGGAUUUGAUGUUGGAGUGUGAGCGGGUGCCAUUGUAGAAAAAUGCAGAGUUCAGCAUUUUCAGACAGAGAGGGGCACCAGGUGAAAGCUGUCGGCUGAGAUGAAGCUGUUAGUCGGUGUGUGGAGGCACCCGGCACUCGCACACUUUAUAAAGGUCAUAAUAGUACUAAUAGUGUUGUUAUUAUCGCCUGUUGUGACAGAGGCGGGUUUAGGAUCGGGGCACGCACUGAUUGGCCAUGGUGAUCCCCCCCUCGUGUCACGAUGGUUCCGUUUCGUGCGUAUGCGCAGGCGCAGCGACCCCUCUCUUCUGAUAUUUUAUUUACUCCCGAAACCCAAGAUGGCUCCUGUGAAUGUCUCGGUCCCAUAGCAGAUUGAGGAUGCAAGUAGCUGCCGAAAAAACAACUUUUCCCCGACCGUCGCAUCCCCUGGAGUUCAAUUCGUAUGGUGCGGAGGAGGCCUUGACAUCCGUCUAGGCACCGAGCAGCCGUCGGAGCUUCGCGAAACCUUCUUCAAUCCACCAAUUUGGAGUAGUUUCGCGAAGUAGCUCUUCUCCUCGCUGUCGCUGUCUGUCCGGAGCGAGGUUCAGGCAGGCAGCUCAUCCAAAUGGCCGAACCGAGAAAAGUGCAAUUUGUCACCCUCUCGGCCUUCGCAGCUGGAGCAGCCGCGGAGUCUAGGAAACGCCGGCUGGAGGAUGAGGCCGACUUCAGCUUCGUUAGAGCCGGGGAGGUCGAGGCAGCGACCGGGGCAGGAGGUGCUGCCAGCAACGGUCGUCUCGGUAAAACCGGCGACAGGGACAAGGCAGGAGCCGAGAAGAGGGCGACGGUGCGGCUCAACCUGCCUCUGUCCGAGCCCGACGACCGCUCCUCCGCCGAGUUUAAUUACGGCGAACUCAUUCAAAACCUCCAGGCAAAGAAUAAACCUCCAAGUCUGACUUCAGCCCCCAAUCCCAGCAACCCCUUCGAUGAUGAGGAGAGAGAGCGGCUCCAGGUUGAGGCCCUGGCAAAAAAGUUUGAAAAUAAAUAUGGUAAUACAGGGAAGAAGAAGAAGAAAGACAGAAUGCAAGAUUUGAUUGAUAUAGGGUUUGGGUAUGAUGAGACAGACCCCUUUAUUGACAACUCAGAAGCUUAUGAUGAGCUGGUGCCUGCCUCUCUAACCACAAAGCUGGGGGGAUUUUACAUCAACACUGGCACACUGCAGUUCAGAGCAGCUUCUGACUCCGAGGGAGAGGAGGGCAAGAAGCCGAAUGACGAGAGGGGGCAGGUGAUUAAGAAGAGGAAAAAGAAAGAAGUGAACAAUGUGGAAGAGAAGAACCCGAAGAAGAACAGAGUACCUAAACAAGGAGUGACGACGCUCAACCUCCAUCGGCCAGAGAAGAAGAAGAGGAAGAAGCUGAUGAAGGACUCGCUGUACCUGGCAGCCAUGCUCCGCCGCUUCACCCGGGAGAAGGAGGAAAUGAGGAAAAGAAACCCCAACGUGUCUCAACCCGGCCUGGCAGUAGGUGUGGCUAAUAAGCCCAACUCUGCCAACUCUACAAACCACCUGUUAGCCUCUAACUCCGCCCACCCGCCGGGCAACGCAGCCAGCAACGACGUCUCACUGGCAGACCUCACCUCGGACGCCGCUGUGAUGUCACUGCUGGGCUCAGCCAACGAGAAGGAGCUGCAGGAUCUCCUAGGUGACCUGGACUUCAGCUUGUUGGACACUGACCAGCAGCACGCCAUGGCGACGGCCAGAGAGAACGGCAUCCUGGGAGUCGGUGUUCCGACUCAUAAAGCAGCAGGAGGAGGGGGCCAAGGGCGAGGCCUUGGGUCUUCCAGCGGACUGUUUUCUCCACCCCCGCUGCCUGAUGGACUGCCUGCUCCUCUUAUUAAACGCAUCGAGGACCUGCGGGCGGCCUCGCGGCAGUUUGAUCAGGAGGGCAGGAAGAAAUUUUUCACCCUGGACAUGAAUAACAUUCUCCUGGAUAUUGAGUUGCAGGUCCAGGAGCAGCCUCCUGAGGCGCGUUCAGACAUCUACUCGCACAUGGAGGCAUUUGUGCCAUGCAACAAAGAGGCCCUCCUCAAACGCCUGAAGAAGCUCAGCCUCAACAUCCAGGACGACCGACUAAGGACGCCACUGUUGAAGCUGAAGCUAGCUGUGUGCAGUGUGAUGCCAGAGCAGAUAGCAAGAUAUAACAUGGACUGCAUGGCCAAGGUUGCAAAGCAGCAGUCAGAGGAGGGCGAUAAGAACGGGUCAGAGGAGGAGGAUGAGGAGAAACCUGGGAAAAGGGUGAUGGGCCCGCGAAAGAAGUUUGUCUGGGAUGACAAGCUCAGGAACCUGCUGUGCAGCUUGGUGCGAGUGAAGCUGAGCUGCUACGACAUGGAGAAGCAGUGCUCUCUGUCUGUGGAGGACUACCUCAAGGCCUUCUUAGAGAAUGAGGUCAAACCACUAUGGCCCAAGGGCUGGAUGCAGGCCAGGAUUCUGUUCAAGGAGAGUCUGGCCGUUCACAGUCACCUCACUGGAAAUCUAGUCAAAAGGAGAAUGGUGCCUGGGCCCAAGGCCAAAGCCAAGGAGGGUCCGUGGAUCCACAAACCACCUCUCACCAUGAUCUCCACACCAUCUCUGCCCACCUCCACAUCUGCUGUGACCGCCAACCGCCAGCCCCCCUCCUCCUCGCCAUCGGAGCCCAUCUGUCUGUCGGAUUCUCUGGAUGAAGAUCUGACUGCACCCUCUCUGGACUCCAUCUCCCACGCUCUGGCCCUCCUCAGCAAUGCGUCCAAGGGUCUUGGGCCCUCAGACAGCCCCUUGUCGCCCCCGCCCCUGCAAAUCCCCACUUCCUCUCCUCCUCCCGUCACCCCUCACUAUCCCUCAGCGUCUCAGCUCUCUGCCUCUGUCACUUCCACAACGCAGCAUCAUUCCCUGUCUAAGGUGGAGACUGUUCCGCUGGCAGCUGCUGGGAACUUGCCAACAACAAUAACAACGCUACCAACCUCCUCUUCUACCUCCUCUUCCUCGUCUCCGGCUGUCUCUUCCAUGGCUCGUGUGCAGGCAGCAGGCUUGUCGUUGGCCUCCAGAACUGCAAAUGGCCCCUAUGGCUCGAUCAAAGGAUCUGGUACUGUGGGCCAAACCCAGAAUCAGAGACACAUUACCAUGGCAUCAUCCAAUCAUAGGCCAAGCCCGGUAAUGGGCGGGAGUAGCAAGAUGCAUCCACACCCCUCCCCAUCGCCUCCAAAGCAACGACCACCUCCCACGGCUUCCCCUCUGCUGCCCCCCCAUCAGAAGGGCUUUGUUGGCCCAGCGGGGAUACUGGGAACUAUGGGAGCCCCUCAAGGACUAGCCAAGAGCAGUGCCAAAGCCAGCGGCAUCAGCAGCAAUGGCAGCGCUGUGAGCAUCACACCUUCUUCCUCGCCUUCCCCCCAGUCCCGCUCCAACUCUACCUCCCACCCCGGUCUGCAGUCCUUCUGCCCUCCCUCCCCGGUGGCGUCCUCGCCAUCCCCCACCUCCCACACCUCACACUCCUCACAAGGUAAAUCCCACACACACCACCACCACCAGGCCAACUUCAUCACGCCCAUGCAGGCCACCCUCACCAAGUCCUCCCACAGCAGCAAUUCCUCUCCCAUCAUCAAGCUCACCCCUCGGCCUCCUGCACCCACCCCGCCUCCCUCCUCCUCUCCCUCUCCUUCCUCCUCACCUUCACACCCGCUCUCCCAUCAGAUGAUCCCCAGCCAACAGCAACAACACCAGUACUCCCCCAAAACCCCCAAAACCUUCAGGCCCCCCUUCAGUGUAUCGGGCGGUGGGCAGGUGAAGCAGACGCAGGGCAGUUGCAUCUUCACUGGAGGCCAGAAACCUCAGUCCACCACAAGCAACAGUAGCAUCAACAACUCCAACAACAAGGGAGUGGUAUCAGCUGUCUGCAGUCACCCAGACAAAUCUCCCUCGUCUUCUUCACCUUCAGUCUCAGCCAAUCACGGGCAGAGGCAGAGGGUGGUGGGUGGGUCCAACCAGGGCUCAAAGGCAGGAAACGGUUGGGCGCCUUCAGGAACUCUGGCCACGUCCUCCACAACGUCACACCUCUCACAGGUAUCAACAGCAGGCUCUCCCCUCCUGGGCAGCCCCUCUGCUCUGCCCCUGGGUUUCGGGAUGUUGGGAGGCCUGGUGCCCGUCUCACUACCCUUCCAGUUCCCCCACUUGCUCAAUUUCAGCCCUCCUGGAGCCCCAGGGGCCGCUGGCAUGGGCUCAGCCCCCAGCUCCAACUCAGGAUACCCCCUAGCACAGAGCGACCUAAUUGAUCUGUAUAAGAGUCUCCAGUCAGGGUCGCAGGCUGCCCUACCUCCUCACUUGCAGCUUGCUUUCUCAGAUGCGAACCAAAGCCAGGGUGGAGACAUGAAGAGGAAAUCCCACUGACCAAUAACAGCGCAAGAGAGACGGACACCAGUGGGGUGACAUCACAGCCUCCUGGACACAUCCACCAAUAGGAUUCUUCACUUUGAUUGAUGUUGGUGUGGUAUGAGAGGGCGGGGCUCCACUGCCUCUUUUAAAACGGACCUAAAGGAGAAUCGGUUUAUCCUCGCUACAAAUGGCAAUGAUAAAUUAAUUUAACUGUAUUUUCUAAUGAACCGGGUAUGAGAACAAGACGGAGUGAAUGAUGAGAACACUUAUUUUUGUUCAGCUUAUUUUUAUUUUUGUCAACAUGUUUACAUAUGACCGACCUUGAUCACUGUGGAAUGAGUGUGAGCGAGGUGGUGGCGGUGGUACAGAUGAGAGUAGUAGUAUGCUACGUAAUAUAAUUUGUAUUUAAGCUUAUGUGGAAUAACAGGACUCUUGUUCUUGCAGUACAAAAAGAAAAAAGAAAAACAGACUGAGUAAUGAAUUUUUAUUUUUCUGUCUUUUGUCUCAGAUGUGGGAAUCGUUGUGUCCGUAGAAAUUUUAUUGUUGGUCACCUCUGCUCCCACAAAUGACUGUUAAGUAGUAGCUUAAAUUAAUAUUAAUAAAUUAUUUGUAAUUUACACAGGGACAACAACAUGUUAUGGUGAGUGUGUGUGUGAGUGAGUGUAUGUGUGUGAGAGAGAGAGAGAGAGAGAGUGCUGAGGUUGAUUUGAAUGUGUGUAUGUACAUAAAAAACACAAUAUACUGUUAAUUUCUUUCCAGAUUAUUCUGUAUGAAUGAGUAAGGACGUGUAUCCCCUUUUAACAAUAAUGAGCGAGUGUAAGUUUGAUGCCCCUCUCUUGCUCAGUGUGUUUUUGGUGCUGUUUAAUCACACUGGACCUUUUCUGGAAAAAAGACUUGAAUUGAAAAAGUUUCGGGCUCCUCUUCUGGAGAGAGGAGCUGCCUGUGAGAGAGGGGGGAAACGUCAAGAAGUAGCCUACUUGAAUUGUUUUUUUUUUUUUUUGUUUGUUUUUUUGUGAGUUAAGAUUUUUUAUUUACUUUCUCUGCUUAUUGACUCAAACCAACUUAAUAUAACACAACGCCUUAGUUUGUAUUGAAAAAGUAUGAAAAAGAUCUAUGCAGGACUGUAAAACGCUCAAUGCAAAAGUGCAAGUUGUCGCUUGGCUUUCAACCUCUACUCAACUGGUCAGUGCAUUUCUGGAGUUGUGAAUGUUUGUAGAUGUUAUUAUGUCACUUGAGACUCCUUCAUUUCUGGUGUGUGUUCAGACCGAACGUGAAGGGGAUUUGAGAAGCGGAGAGUUUGCAAACAAGUUUGUUGCAAAGAUGUGAUUAGGUACAAGGCACAAAUUGGCACGAAGAUGGUGUCUGUGUGAGUUGAAAAUGUUUCCGCUUAAGCAAAUAAGUUUUGCUCAUGCCACAUUCACAAGGCAGUACCGCUUUCACGCAAUGUUAACAGAAUGGGAAGAACAGAAAAAGGAAACAAAAAGUUGGAAGUGUUCACGCAUUAUUCCAAGAUUCCCAUGUCAAUGACUUGCAAGCUAACAACUCAAGACCGCUUUAUCAGUACAGAAGUGGUUGUGUGGGAGUUAAAAUGACUGUGCAUUGACAAUGUAGCCACAUAUCCAUUUAAUGUGGCUUAAUUACACUGAGCAGUCUGGAUGAUGUUAGGCAACCACACCUGUUCGGUUUCAGGUUUUUCCAUAGUAGUAAGUGCCAAGUCGGAUAUAUUGGAGCUUUCAGAAAAAUAUAAGUUAUUAUGACUUGGAGGUUGACAUUGUAAUUACAAGUUUCUGACUUGUAAACAGCAAUAACUCUGACAUGCCAUUAACAUGGCAUUAGCCCCAAUGCUAGCCUUGUAUUCACACCACAUAAAUUGGCUUGUUUUGUUUUCUCUCAGUUGUUACCAAGUAAAAACUAAUACAGACAGGGUACAGCGACUAUAAAAUUAGCUGAAUUGAUUGUAUUAGUGUUAAUAUUGGAUUGUAUUUGUAGCCAUUCGCCAAUAGUUUGUUGAUAUGUCUGUAAUGUUUGUUUUCACCAAGUGGGAAAGUUCAACAGUAUCAAAAUUCAUAUUGCCAAGUGAGAAAAACUGUUAAGCCUUUAUAGUUUGAGACGUCAGCAAAUGUGUGACGUUGACGAUGCCACUAACUUUAUAGGAGCUACACACUUUUUGUUUGUAUCUGGUUAUUACUUGGUAAUGAACUGCUACAAAAACGCAACAAAAGUAGCAAAUUUAAUGUUGAGGGCAGUUUAAGGCUAAAGAAAAGAAAAGGGACACUGGAGAGAAAUAACAACAAGAACUGGUGUUUCUGGUGAGCCUGGACGCAAAAAAUUCCCUUCGCUGUCAGUCUGAACCCCGUGAUAGAGAUACCUUCCCUCUGCUGAAUACCUCCGUUAACAAAAUCGUUCUUCCUGAGUCUCGCUGUCCUCCCCCCGACUACUUCCCCGCCCUCCUCCAUGUGUGUCUGACUGACCGGCAGCACCAAGAACGACGCCAAAGAUUGCUCCUGUAGUCCUUUUUUUAGAUGGGGUGUUGCUGGUCAGUGUGUGUGAUUGAUCUGACAUCUUCCCUAAAACUGUAAACCCAUGAGUGUCAUUGUGAAGUCAUGUGACUGGAGCAGUGGGUGACAUCUUAUAAAUUGUGCUUUCUUUGGGGGUGGGGGGAGGAUAAAAAUGACAUUUCGUGGUUAACUGGUUACUAUAAUUUGGUCUUUUGUAGAUUAUUUUUGUGUGUCAAUUAUGAAAUUAAACAAAACAGGUGGUUUUCA